AUGUUCGAAGCCUUCGAAAGUCACGAUUUCCUCGUUAGUGCAUUAGGGUUCAAAGAUGGCGUUGCGUAUCCAUGGUCUACUGGGGUGUCUAACUUGAUCCUCUACCCUGAGGCAGCCAAUCAAACGCUUUACACACGUCGAGCAGCUCAGUCAGAUUCCGGAAAUUACACUUGCAGACUCAGCAAUGAAUCCAAUAGUGAAACGCACACAGUACGCCUAGAUAUAUUAGAAAAGCCGACUGACGCGCCUAAAACGAUGUUUAUCUCCAAGGAUCAGUGGGUGGAGGAGGGGAGUGGAUUACGCCUCUUCUGCGAAGCUCUUAUUGGUAGAUCGUACUUGGCCGACGCACGGAGUGACCUUCGCUGGUGGAAGAUGUGGUCUAAUGGUACUGAGGGAGACUUGUUACCGUCGCAAAAUGAAGUGAAGACUGUCAGAGAUGACAUAGAAGAUAUAAUCGGUUCAUAUCUAAGUAUUGAAAAAUUGUCCGCCCAAGACUACGGGACGUACGUGUGUGUGGUACACAGCAAUGAUGUUGUGUCUAGGAGCUAUGUUACCGUUCAUUAUAAGAAUCGAGAAUGGUUAAGUUCUGAAGUCUGGUGUGGUACCAGCGAAAUCAAUUGGCAUACGAUAACCUUGGGUGGGGCUGCGGCAGUUUUGCUGCUGAUAUCAGCGCUGGUGCUGCAUCGGCGUUGUACACCGCGGCUGCUGCUCGCUGCUCGGCAGGCUCGGGCAAGAGCGGCGGCUGCCCAACAUAGAGCUAGAGUUCUUGAGAAAGAAUUCGACGUGUUGGUCUGUUGGACGUCCGUGGAUGCCGAAUUGGUCCGUGGUGCCUUACUCCCGACUUUGGCCUGCAAAUACAAUUAUCGCGUACACACCGCGGUGCUCUCCACCAGCCCGGAUAAUUGGUACAAGGAAAUAGUAUGCGAAGCAGCCCGUUGUCGUUCAGUAGUGGCAGUCUUGUCACCAGCUCAAUACUCUUCUCCUCACCAGUUGCUGACGGCUCUGUGCCAGCUCAGGGCGUUGCCUCAGCCACCUGUUGUUGUCUUGCUACAGGACCUGCCAAAGUUGAAGCGCGAAGCGAAAGAUGGCGGCGAACGUUUCGUGGAAGUGGUUAGGCGCACGCGUCUCAUCCCCUGGCGUCAUGUUCACGAUCGCUCCUUCUGGACAGCAUUGAGACUGGCUUUGCCACUUCCACCGGCCAAUGACGCCUCACCACAGCACGUAAGACUCUUAGAAACAUUUAAGAAAUCAAUAUGGUUGAAUCAAAGAGGUUCCAAUUCUACUUUUUACUUUAAGCUCAUUUAUAUAAUCAUUGACAAGGAAAAAUCGUCCAACCCAGCGGACCAGGAUUGUAAAAACGCGCGUUCCGGAAGUCUGACAGCACUUGUAUGA